GUUUGGCCAUCGCCCUUACGUCGAUAGCUGCCACUCGAGUCUGUCUGCCAACGACAUCAAAGCAGCAGCAGCAGCAGCAGCAGCAGCCAUGUCGGCCCUUCUCGCCGAGCUGUGGACGUGGUACGGCCUCACCGUGGCCGUCGUCGCCGUGCGAAUGAUAUCCCGGAGGAUGUUGUACGGAUCUUUCAAGGGGAUGCGGGUCGACGAUUACCUCAUGCUACUCACUAUAGUAACAUAUACGAUCCUGUUGGUCGUCGUCAAGGUCUUGACCUACACGCCUACGAACCUCAUCAACCCCGCCGACGGCAUUGUCCUCACUCCCCAGUCCAUCAAGGACCGUGAGUAUGGGUCCAAGUUGGUCAUCGUCACGGAGCAGAUGCAGAUGAUUACCAUCUGGGGCGUCAAAGCAUGCUUGCUAGUCAUGUACAGUCGAUUGACUACGAGUCUGAGGCAAAACUGGCUGGUCAAGAUUGUUGCAGGAUAUGUUGUUUUUAGCUUCGUCCUCAUGGAGAUCUUAUUCUUCGCGGCGUGGUGUCGGCCCUUCCACAACUACUGGCAGGUUCCUCCAGACGACAUGAAUUGCUCGGCUGAGACGAACCACAUGAUCACCAACACCGUUAUGAACAUUUCUACCGAUAUCAUGAUCAUCGCUCUCCCUAUGCCAGUCUUCCUCCAAUCCCAAUUACCUCUGAAGAGGAAGGUGAUUCUUUGCGCCGUCUUUGCGCUGGGUGGAUUCUCGAUUCUGGCCGCUUGCCUCAGCAAGUACUACAGUUUGGGCGAUCCCUACGGCAGCGAGUGGAUCUACUGGUACAUCCGCGAAGUGUCGACCGCCAUCAUCACCGCCAAUCUCCCGCUCACCUGGACGUUUAUGCAACGUGUUUUCCGCCUGGGAUCCUUCCAUGCCAAGUACGGCAAGUCCUCCGGCCAGCGCACCGGCGAGGCCACGAACCGACUACGAUCCGCCUACGGAAACCUCAGCAGCCGCACGCGAGAGGAGCCCGCGGCCAGGACUAGGACCGGCCUUAACGACAUCGACAUCAGCCCGUCGGAAAGCCAGGAGCAGAUCAAUGGCGGCUACAGCAUCCCGCUCAAGAUCUACCAGAAGAACGAAGUGCACAUCACAAGCGAGCAGAUCGACGUCAAGGAUGGACGCACGUCACCGAACCAUACCGGCACGAACGGUGUGACAUUUGCCAGGGACGACGUCUCAACGAGUAGUGAGAACGGGGAUAAAUCCACCGGCGACCCGGAAUUGGGUGUUGUCACUAAGGUUUAUCAUAGAGUAUGAGGCAUGUAAAAUGGCUGCGGUCGGCUGUAUAAUAUCUUGGACAGCAAGACCUGGAUUGGAAGUGGGAUACCCUGCGUUAAUUAGAGCUAAACCGGAAGUGGCGUUCAGGGAACAUGAACAUGGACUGAGCUGAUGAGCCAGACGUGGCUUUGACAUUUAAUACAAGUAAAUAGUAUAAUGAUAUUUUACUCCCCAGUA